AUGGGCUCUGGCCCUCAGGAGACGUUGGAGACGUUGGCAACAGCUCGCAUUACUCUUGGUGUUGAGCCUUUUGUUUCUAUCGAAUGUGAGACUCCCAUGAUUGAGCCUGUUUGUUAUCGCCUUGGGCGGCCAGCUCGGCGGGCAUUCUAUGGGCUACGACCUGCAUUGCGACCGUUCCGCAGCAAUGCUACCAGUGCCAUUCACAGCCAGCGCGGCCCUGUGCAGUCUGAACUACUCAGAUUUGCUCUGACUAGGAAAAGCCACACUGAAAACCCGGAGUUAAACUUUGGGAAGUUCUUCACGGAUGUGUUUCUGGAGCAAUGGCCUCUCAACUCCGCUCCAGCCCCAUUGUGGACCCCUAAACCAGGAGAUCCAUCCUCAACGAAAGCUGCUCUGAACCGAGCAGAACACCUUCACAGCUUACAACAUUUCAUAGAGAGGAACUUGGCCGAUACGAGGGCCGGUGGUGAUUUUAUGACUCUGUAUGGAAAGGAGUUUAGAAGGGCAUUAAAAAGCUGCGAGCGGCAUAACACAUAUGGGGACAUUCUUUCGUUCAUCAACGGGAUCGAUACAAGACUAAAGCGACUCGGUAGCAGGAUUCAUGUGGAUUUUCACUUCUUGGGAAUAUACUAUGCAUGUCUUACCUUGUCUGAGUGCUCUCUGGACCAUCAUAUCCGGCGUUAUCUUGCUGCCGAUUCGCCCAUAAAGGCGAAGCUCAGCGAAGAGGAGAGUCUUUCUUUAGUGAAAGGUCUUUUGUCAUCCCUCCAGGCCGUGUCCUUUCAGGAUCCAACGCGCGACACAAGUAAUUUACUUUGUUUGAUCAACGGGGAGUCCCAACCAGAUGCCUCAAAUCUGCAUCAAAUACUCCACUGGUCGAGAGACGAUGCCAAAAUGAGCCAGGUAGAGGACUAUCUAGCACUCCUCGCCCAGACCGGUGACACCGCCAUUCGUCGUCUUAUGUGGGAAAAAUAUUUGCGCAGUGAUGAUUCCGAGAUCACGGGCUUUCACUCAGGGUAUGUGUACGCGACAUCCAUGGUCCGUGCUGGAAAGCCAGACGAUGCCUUGGCUGCGCUGAGGACACUGUCGAAACGUGCAGGAAAUGAUUUACCUCGUAUAUCUGAAUUUGAAAAUUUGAAUGUUCUUUUGAAGGACGACGCCAUCAACGGAGAAUUAUGCCAGCUUGUCAGUGAAGAGGAAUACACAAAGAUUCUCUACGUCCAAAUUAGUGAGGUUGAGAAAAGACUCGGGCUUGGAUUUGACGACAACGCACUCCGCGAAAGAAUCUCUGACACCUCUACUAGCGAGCGACCUUUACUCACCAUUGAUGGGGAUACCUCUGGUUAUGAAAGCCCUAAGAGGCUGGUUGCAGAAAUCAGGGCUCUUGGAUGCUCUAAAUACCCCGCUGACCUCAAUAAAAUCGGCAAUUUGCUGGAUGAGUUUGAAGGAAGCUUUAUACCCACCCGUGUUCCUUCAUGGCCAGGCCCCGAUGCGGAAUUUUACUGGGCACCUCAACGCUCGCCGGGUGGACUCCACAAAACACCCUCUCAAAAAAGUGACAGCUUUCCAAACACAUCAGUAUUGGAUUCGGGUCUGGUGAAAGUUAUCCCAGGUCAUAGCCAGACCCCGUAUCCUCUUGGACAAACUCUACAUUUAAUGCAACUUGGGUAUCUUCUCAUGAAACAGCAAUCACCGGCCUCUAAGGGGCAUUCUGAUAUCUCACCUCAACUGGAAGAAACCGGAUACCUAGUUACCUGGGACCGAGUUUCUGGUAGAUUCCUGAUUGUUUUCGCCGGGGUCGAGCACGGAGUGGUUAACCCUCUUACUGAGUCCCAUAUCCGUGGUGGGCCCUCGGGUAGGGAUGCAAUUGUGGAAAUCAACCCCCUGAACUAUGAACAUAGGUUGGGCCCGGACAUAUAUAUUCCCAACUACCGUCUUGAAGUGGAUCCGAGCCCUGAUUUGAUUUUCGACAAGCGUACAUGA